GACUUAGCGGCAGUUGGGUAGGAAGUUGGAAGGCUCUAGUGAGCUCGUGCCCACCCGUGCCAUCAUCUACCUCCCAUCAAUCUGGAGCCUCAGCGACACGUCUCCCCAGGCAGCUGCGCCCACCUGGCUCCAGAGGCCACCCUGAUGGCGGAGCCUCGCUUCAACAACCCGUACUUCUGGCCACCCCCCCCCACCAUGCCCAGCCAGCUGGACAACCUGGUCCUGAUCAACAAAAUCAAGGAGCAGUUGAUGGCGGAGAAGAUCCGCCCCCCACACCUGCCUCCCACCUCGGUGGCCUCGCAGCAGCCCCUCCUGGUGCCCCCCUCUCCUGCUGAGAGCAGCCAGUCCAUCAUGUCCCUGCCAAAGCUGCAGCAGGUGCCGGGGCUGCAUCCCCAGGCCGUGCCCCAGCCUGAUGUGGCCCUGCACGCCAGGCCAGCUACCAGCACUGUCACAGGUACUGUCACAGGGUUGGGGCUGGCAUCCCGUGCACCGGCCGUCAGCACCUCAGAAUCCAGCCCAGGAACGGGGACCACCACCCCCUCGACCCCCACCUCCACCAGCCAGAGCCGCCUCAUCGCCUCCUCACCCACCCUAAUCUCAGGAAUCACCAGCCCCCCCCUCCUCGACUCCAUCAAGACAAUCCAGGGCCACGGCUUGCUGGGAGCACCCAAGGCUGAGCGGGGCCGGAAAAAGAUCAAGGCGGAAAACCCUUCGGGACCGCCGGUGCUGGUGGUGCCCUACCCCAUCCUGGCCUCAGGGGAGACGGCCAAAGAGGGGAAGACGUACAGGUGUAAGGUCUGCCCCUUGACGUUCUUCACCAAGUCGGAGAUGCAGAUCCACUCCAAGUCGCACACAGAGGCCAAGCCCCACAAGUGCCCCCACUGCUCCAAGUCCUUCGCCAAUGCUUCCUACUUGGCCCAGCACCUGCGCAUCCACCUGGGCGUCAAACCCUACCACUGCUCCUACUGUGAGAAGUCCUUCCGCCAGCUCUCCCACCUCCAGCAGCACACCCGAAUCCACACCGGUGACAGACCCUACAAGUGCCCGCACCCCGGCUGCGAGAAGGCCUUCACCCAGCUCUCCAACCUCCAGUCCCACCAGCGCCAGCACAACAAGGACAAGCCCUACAAGUGCCCCAACUGCUACCGGGCGUACACAGACUCGGCCUCUCUGCAGAUCCACCUGUCGGCACACGCCAUCAAGCACGCCAAGGCCUAUUGCUGCAGCAUGUGUGGCCGUGCCUACACCUCGGAGACCUAUCUGAUGAAGCACAUGUCCAAACACACGGUGGUGGAGCACCUGGUCAGCCAGCACUCGCCGCAGCGGACGGAGUCGCCCGGCAUUCCUGUACGGAUCUCCCUCAUCUAAGCGGGGAGGGGACAGGACCCCCCAGAACGAGGAGGAGGAAGAGGAGGAGGAAGGAGGAGGAGGACGUGACCCCCAGCACCGCGGGCUGUGCCCGGGCCUUGCUCCUGCCCGGCUCCCGCAGGUUUGGUGACAUCCAAAGACGGUUUCAGAGCACUUUGAAUCUCUGCGGUUUGGUUUCUUUGGGGGAAGUCAGUAGGGGUGGGGGUGUCCCCCCUGACAGGCCUGCCCUGCCCCCCAUUUUUGGAUACAAAUAUAUAUAUAUAUAUAUAUUUAUUGGCCAAGAACUUGGUGCUGCUAAAGACCAGAAAUUCACCCCAAAAACAAACCGUGGAUGGAGCAAAAAGCAGCUGGGGAGGGGGAAAGUCCCACCACCCCCCCAGACUCUGGGCCCAAGCGCCUCCAUAUAGGGUUGAUUUUUAACCAUUUUGGGGGUUUUUUUUGUGUUCAUUUGGGGUCCCUUUUAAAGGCGAAGCUGCAGGCAGAGCUGCAACCCCCCAGGGACGGCCCCCCCAUUCCGCAGCCCCAGUUUUGGGGGGUUUGGGGGUCCCCCUGCUUUGCCUUGUGCCUGCCUGUACAUACCCCCUGUAUAGAGCCGGGGGGCACUCCCCCCAAACUCAUCUAUAUUCUGUACUUUUUGGUUCAUUUUGGAUAUUAACUGUGUUAUUUUUUAUACACUUUUUAAGCCUUAACUCAGCGUUUCUUUGGUUUUGUUUUGUUUUGUUUUUUCAGGGUGUUUUAUUUACCUUUUAUUAAUUUUUAACCCCCCCUAUUAUUUUUUACCCCCCUAUUAUUUUUCCCCUCAUCCCCUUAUUUUUACCCCCCAUUAUUUCUCCCGUCGAUGUUGUACGAUAUCAAUAUUGUAACUUUUUUUGUCAGCAUGUUAAUACUGUGUAAAUACGCCUCUUAUACA